AUGACUUGCAAAGAGACUUCGUAUAACAUCAAACUUACAAAAAAUGUUCAUACAUCUAAAGUUUCAACUUCAAGUAAUAAUGGUAUCAACUCACUUAUAUCACCUUUUCAUAGAAGAUUACAUGAUUUUGAAGAAGCAAUAAGUCGUUGGAAAAGUAGAAAACAUAUUUUUAGUUCUUCAAAAACUUUUACCAUCUUUAGAAGAUCUGCAUCUAUUGAUCCAAAAGAAAAAGAUAGUAUAAAUAGAAAUAUUAUAAAAAAUCCUAGUAAUUGUUAUACCUCUCCAAUUCCAAGAAAAACAAUGAAUUUAGAUUUUUCUAAUUUAAAUUCACCUGAAAAACAAGAUAUUAUUUCAAGUGAAAGAUUUAAUGAAGUUAGAAAAUUAGUUGGAAUUUUAAGAAUUGGUGGACAAGAAUAUCAAAAUUGUUCUCCAAAUGAUUUAGAGUAUAUCUGUGAUAUUGGUCAAGGUGCUUUUGGUAGAGUAACAAAAGAAAUGUUUAAAAAAACAAAAGAAUUAAUGGCAGUAAAACAUAUGGAUUUAAUGGGAACAUUUGAUGAACAAAAAAGAGUUGUUAUGGAUUGUUAUGUAAUAUUAACAACACAUACACAUAAUCAUAUUGUUAAUUGUUAUGGUAUUUUAACAGAUACAAUAAGUGUUUAUAUAUGUAUGGAGGUAAUGGCUACAUGUCUUCACAAUUUAAUUUAUCAAAUUUUAAAAGGAGGUAUACCUGAAGUUUAUGUGUGCAAAUUUCUUGUUGGAAUUUUAGAUGGAUUAUAUUUUUUAAAAACAAAAAAUUUAAUGCAUCGUGAUGUAAAACCAUCAAAUAUGCUUCUAAAUUGGGAUGGUGUUGUAAAAUUAUGUGAUUUUGGUGUUGCUGGAACAUUAGUUGAUAGUAAAAUUGUAACUUCUAUUGGUACGGGUUGUAUGUUGUAUUUAGCACCAGAACGUGUUGCUUCCAACCCUAAUUAUGAUUCAAAAGCUGAUGUUUGGAGUUUUGGAAUUUCUAUUUAUGAAAUGAUAAAAGGCAAAACUCCAUAUGAAGAUGCUCAUUUACCUUUUAUUUUAUUAAAUAGGAUAAAAAAUGAUCCACCACCAAAAUUAAAAGAUUCUGAAGCAUCACCUGAAUUAAUAGAAUUUUUAGAGAUGUGUUUACAGAAAGAUGUCCAAGAACGUGCUAGGUACAUAGAUUUAUUAGAUCAUACUCUAAUAAAAAUAUUUCGUGACAAAGAUGUUGAUAUAUCAUCGUGGCUUCAGGAAUUACUAAUAGAUUUUUGA